AUGGCAACACCAAAACUAUCUGUUACUACUGCGAAAAAAGAAGAUAUUCCAUCUUUGAAAGCAAAGAUUGCAGAGCUUGAACGACAAAAUGCCGAAUAUAAAACAAAAUUAGAUGAAUUAAGACGAGCAAAAGCAACAACCAUGGUUAAAGUUGAAAAAGAAUAUGUCAAUGCAAGU